GGUGAGUCAUGUGUUCUGUCCGUUGGCACGCGCGCGAGAGGCGGUUUUAAUCGCGUUGCACCGCGGAGGGAAUAUUUUUGUGUGCAGCACGUGAGAGAGACGGUGGGGGGUGAGGUUCUGCUAUAACCUAUACGCGAAAGAGGUUAUGCUGUGUGUGAGUGAUUGUGUGUGACGACUGUCUGUGACGUAAGCCUGAUAGAAGUGGAGGUAGGUGUGAGAUACGCUUUUCCGGGUUCAUUGUUGUUGUUGUUGUUUUGUGUGCAUGUGAGUUCGCGCGAGUUGAGGAGAAAAUUGUUUGAUUGGUAUCGCGGGCAGUGGCCUUUUUUUUUUGCUGGAUUACUUGUAUCGAGGUGAUCGCUUUGAUGUGCGAGAGAAAACGUUGAGAGGUAUGUUGGCCAUUUCGUAGGUUAUACAAGAGUUAUUAAGUGCCGGCUAUUGGUCUAUUGUCAUGUUAAUGCGGCUCGUUGCCUCAUUCGAGCGUAACGCUGUAGUUUUUAUUUCUCGAAAGGUUAUUUAAUUGAUUGUAAAGGAGAUAGAGGAAUUAGUGUAGGUAUAUGUUGUGUGCAUCCGGAAGCUUUUUUGGAUUUACGUAAUGAGAUGUUGAUUUCUCUCGCGCCAGUAACACCAUUUAUAUCAAAUUCAAUUUACAAAUAGAACAGACGAGACCUCAGCCUUAUCGCGUCCAAACCUCUUAUCGCCGAUCUUUAACCCUCGUAACAAGCUCCCACCCGCGCAUUCGAAGAAAAACACCCGAAGAGAGCCGAUAAAACAUCCUCCUCUCUACCGCAGACUAUACACCUAUACACAACCCAAUACACUUGUUUACUCCGAAGGUUAUAGUCUUUACGGCCAAGCAUCGACUACAUAUACACAUCUAUAGGUAUAUACUCUCGAAUGGCGAUCUCGCGUGUCUCGCGGAACUCGAGAAUCCACACACGCACCGACGUGUCCUAUCCUAUCUCUUUCUCCGUCGUAUUACAGACCUUUUUGUCCCAAGGCGUUUCGGAGCGGGAGUAGUCUAAUCGUCGCGCUUUUUAUCGCACUCGCCGGUCUUUAAAGUCAAAAGAGCUAUAUGUACUGCAGGUAUUAUAGUUGAGCUUUUUUCGAUUGCGUCGCAAUAAACCCGGAGCGAAAAAAGGGUUCUCGAACGUGGGAAGCUUCCAAACGCGUUUCAUCACUCGCGAUGCAUAAAGACUCGAUCGUCUACGACGCGACGGGCGCUAAAAGCCGCGCGCGGAUAAACAUCGCUGCAUUUAUUCUCUCCUCGCGAGACUGAUGGCAGCUCUGAGUAAACAUUUCCGUAUGCGUCGCCCGCUUGAAACAUUCUAUCUUUUCUUGGCUUAUUAAUACACCGUGUGCGUGUGUCUCCGUCUAUGUGUAUCCGCGGAGUCAAUCGUCACGAAAGAUCAACAGAGUGAGCUGACCGAUACGCGAGUGUCACGUUUGACUUUCUCUCUGCAGCUUCGUCGAUUCCAGAUGAGGUGUUAGAUGGUGUGUAUGCAUCUACGGCUGUUUAUCGCACGAUCGUUGCGAAUCUGCAGAUUUUCUCUCGUUACGGUCGUUGGUGUGCUCGCGCUUCCGAUUGUUUUUACUCUAUUACACGCCUACAUCCGCAUAGCUCAGUUCUUCCUUCGACAUCUAAUAUCCUAAUCUUGGAGCCACGAACAAACUCAAACUGAAACGUCGCCAUGACAACCACUCGAGCCUAACUGCCUAACGAUCAAGCGAACCUUGACUACCGUGUCCUUUUCAUCGUCCACACACACACACACAUUACAACGAAGGAAUUCAUGCAGCCGCGGUGUACAGUAGACGACACGCGAUCGCGAGGAGUCCGCCCCCGCAUCGGGCGGCUGCGCACAUAUCCCACACAUACAUACCUAUAGCCAUCAGCUGCGGCUCUCGACGGAAAUAUAUAAGUAUAACACACACUCGAAAGAGAGAGAGAGAGCCGCCCGGUACAGCUGCGCGCGUCGCAACAGCUGUUCGUGCUUGUGUAGUGGCACGCGCCGAUUUUUUUUUUCUCUCUCUCUCGCUUCUUUCACUCUCUCGCCACGGGGGUAUAUGUAUGGCGGAAGCUGCGGCCGAGGUGUCGGUGUCGGCCGUCUGUGAUUCUUUCCGCGGAACUGAUGCUGCUUCCGUUGAGGUAUAGCAGAGGGACUGACGGUGCAUUGUUGCGAGGAAGAGAGAAAGGAAGGGUUGACGAUCGCUGCGCCGGCCAGGGCUUGUUCAAGCGUCACCUCUAGAUUAACUUCGUUAAAAUAAUCUCAAAACACAUCUCACUUCCGAAGAAAAAAAUCGUAGAAAAUACGCAGGAUAAAGGCGAAAAUCCAGAGGCAAGAUGAUGAACCGACAGCAGCCGACGCAGGACGAGAUGGAGCUGGAGACGAUGGCCGAGUCCGAGCUGUCCCGGCUGAAGCGCCAGUAUCGGAUCAUGGAGAACGACCGAGUGGCCUAUGCGGAAGAGGCAAGGAACCAGCUGCGGAAUCAGAAGGGCCUCGUCGAGAAACUCGAGAAGGAGAAGGCCGAACUCGUGCUCGCCAUCAAGGCAGCCAAAUCUACCGGUAACGCCAAGAGGGACGAGCUUCUGACGGGGAGGAUGGGGGAGUUGCUUGAAAGGAGGUCCGAGUUCGCCGAGCAAAUUCAUAAGGAGAGACAGCAGAUCGCCGAGCUGCAGGAACAGAUUAUCAAGCUCUCGAAAGAAGUCGGCAGCCUGAAGCUAAAAGUCCGGACGGACAACCAACUGAAAGAGACAACCUCGAAGCAAGAGCGUCUAGUCUUCAUCCUCGAGAAUCGUCUGGAAGUAGCGACGAAGAGAUUCAACGUCCUCGUGGCCGACAACGCGAAACUCCGCGGCGAGAUCGACGACCUGCUGAAAGAACGCUCGCAAUUCAAUCUGCUCUGGAUGAGGCUCAACGGACAGCUCAACACCGGCAAACAGGUCAUCAACGAUCUAAUCGAACAGGCCACCAUCACGUUCAAUCAGAGAGACGAGGAGCUCAAUAAGAUAAACGCCCUGAAGGAGAGAGGAAUGAGAGACUUGAAGAACCACACUUCAGAGAUGUGCGAGCUGCAACGAACCAUCGACAACGAGAUGAAGCUUCAAGAGUUCCUCGGAGUGAAGGGCCAAUAUCGAGAGAUGAGUGAUCUCAAUGCCAAGAAGGAGGCUGAGAAAAAGGCCAAGCGCGAGGAGAUGCGCAACAAAAUAGCCGUCUACAAUCAAAUUCUGACGCUCGUCAAACAGUUCACCGGGGAGGAAGAGAUCGACAAACUAACCGCCCAGUUCCUCAAGCAGGAAGAGGAGAAUUUUGCGCUGUUCAGCUAUGUCAAUGAAUUAAACGACGAACUCGAGGGGCUUCAGACGCGCGUCGCUCAGUUGCGAUCGGCUAUAGACGAAGCUCGAGCACUAAACGUUCAUCGAGGCCGACAGCAGGCUGAAACCUUAGAGACGAUCGCAAGGGACCUAAAAGAGCAGACCGAUCGCGCCGAUGCCGCCGAGCACAAAUUGACCGAGUGCAACAACGUGAUCAACAAGCUCCUAGUCGGCGUCGAGAGCCUCUUCCAAACGAUUCGCUGCGACAACUCGCCGAUCCUCGAGUUGUUAGGCGAGCAGAGCCAGGUGAGCCUGAACAACGUGAUGCUGUAUCUGGGCAUCGUGGAGAAGCGUCUGAGCGAUAUGCUGAACAAGUUGCACUGGAUCGAUAGAGCUCAACGCUCGACGGAACUGCGCACCGACGAGGACAGGAAGCCCAAGCUUCGUGUUCCCGCGCUCUCCAGUAUCGCGCCCACCCAGCCCUGCGCCCUAUGCGUCGAAAAAGAAGAGAUGCAAAAUGUAUCCGAAGGUCUGGAGGCUCCGCUUACGCUUGACGAAGUGAAAGAGAAGCUAAAGACAAGGCUGCAGCAGGAUCACGCGCAACUUUUGCACAAUGUUUCCGGCUGCCACUUGCCUGCGUCGCGGAAAAUCAUUCAAAAGCGAUACCAGUGAUAAGUAAUUGUAUGCGUAUUUGAAAUUGCGUAGUACCUCGCUGUUUACACUGGAAAUGGUAUCCCGUUAUUGUAUGGCGAGUCCUAUUGUAAAUUGUAUUGUAAAAAUGAAACUGAUGAAAAAAAUACAAAUUUUUCGUCGAUAAUUUUAAA